AAGCACAUUUCACAUUGGAAAAGCUGACUUCUUUUCUCCUUUUUCCCUAUUAAUAAUUCCUCUUUACACAAGUCACCUACAAAGUCAAAACAAGACUGCUCCUCCACCAACUUAAUACUUAAUACUGCUCUGGCCUCACGAUUUGCGCUUUUGGGUUCCCAUAAUCGCCUACCAGAGAAGAAACCCACUUCGUCUCUCGCUCUGAACCUUCUGUUUUGGUGGGUUUGUUGGUGAACUCAAUUUGAGAUGGCUUUGAUAGGAAGAGUGCACCCUGAUUGCGUAAACGUUGCAAAUCCGUACCAUGAAUGCACUGAAAAUUGCCUGAGAAAAAUUGCAGAAGGGAAAGGCCGGAAGAAUAAAAAGAAAUCAGAUAAUGGCGGUGAUAUAAAAGAUGGUGAGUUCAACAGAAAGAUGGCUGGAGAGAGAAGAGUGGAUGCAACUAGGGCAUCUAAUCCUUACCAUCAAUCUGGUCAAUCUUUUCCGAAAAGAACUGCCGGUGGUGAAGCUCGUGGGGAUAUAAAAGAAUCAGGCUCCAUACUUGAUGUUCCUAUAUUGGGUGGACGAAAAGAGAGAUCCCGACCAAAGACUCCUCAAGAUCUUGACAAUGUAUCUGACCGAAGUGCUGUUUAUCCUUAUGAUGCUCAAUCAUCUCCAUCUAAGGACAAGGUGAACGUAGAGAAUGGGUCUGUCCUUGAUGAUCCUAUAUUUGGAAAAAGAAAGCCAGUCUCCCAAACAAGGUCUGCUGAAGAGCAUGAAAAUGGUCAAGGUGUUGAUCCUUCAUCAUUUCCAGAAAAGCUGAAAAUAGAGAACGGCUCUGCCCUUGAUGAUCCUAUAUUUGGCAGAAGAAAGCAGGUAGCCCAGCCAAAGCCCCAUGAAGAGCUUGACAAUGGAUCCGGUCAAGGUUCAGUCAAUCCUUCUGGUUCUCCCGUGUCUCCAUCUAAUGAAAUUGUGAAAAUAGGGAAUGGCUCCACCCUUGAUGAUCUUAUAUUUGGCCGCAAAAAGCAGGGAUCUGAACCAAAGCCUCAAGAAGAGAUUGAGAAUGUACCUGUUGUGAAAUUAGAUAAUGAUGAGUAUAAGUCUUAUUCUGGACCGCUUGCUCAAGUAAAAGAUCCUUCUUUGAACAACAAGCAAAUCAAGUCCUCUGGGGCAGUGCCUACAUCUGGAAUUAUCAAAAUGACCCCCUCUCUUUCUCUCCCCACGCAAAAUGGUGGAGAAGGUGCCACUGACACACCUUCUGAAAACAGAAGCUUCAGUUUCUCAGGUUCUCCCUAUGUUUAUGAAGAGAGUGAUGAUGACGAUGCACGAUCUGUCAAUUCUGAUUCCAGUGUUUCUGUGGGAAAGUACCGUGUGAAAGGAAGCUUAUGUUCCAUUCUCCAGUCAAUCUUUGACAAGUAUGGUGAUAUAGCAGCAAGCUGUCAAUUGGAAUCAAUUGUCAUUCGCUCUUAUUACCUCGAGUGUGUCUGUUAUGUGGUUCAAGAGUUGAAACGCACUUCAGUGAAGCAGCUGACAAAGUCAAAAGUCAAAGAAAUGUCAUCUAUGCUCAAGGAUGUAGAAUCUUCAGGAAUGGAUGUUAGUUGGCUUCGUCUCAUGCUCAAUGAAUGUGCACAAUCCAUUGAUCUCGUGAGUCAGCAUCGAGCAUUCGAACUAGAAAAGGCCAACUGUGAUCGUGGCAUUGAAUCAAUAAGGAAAGAACUAGAGGCCCAGAUGGAGGCUUUGGCUCUGAAAGAAAAGGAGGUUGCUGAUGCCAAGAAGCAAGUUUCUGAAACCAGAGCCCAUCUGAGGGAGCUUGAGCUCAAAUCAUCUAUUUUGAGUGAGACUGUUAAUAAUCUGAAGUCCAAGGUUGAAAAUCUUCAUAGCAAAUCAUUGUUGGACAAGGUCUUGUGAGGCGACUGUAAAAGCUGGAGAGCCUGUAAUCAGUUAUAGAUACAAGUCCUAUAUAAAUGUUGUAUAGGGUGAAACUAGCCUAUAACAUCCUCUUAUACUUGUAGCUUUUAAGUUAGGUUGUCUGUCCAUUUCACUGUGUGGUACUUAAUAGUCAUGGUAAGUUUUGAAGUUUUUUUUCGCCUCCAUUUUUAUUGAACACAAGGGAGCUAGAAGAAAGCUGCUAUUCCCUAGUCUUAUACUAUUUAUUAAAAGGAAACUUGAGAAAUUGUUUACA